AUGAAGUUCUCCAAAUGCACAUCUGGAGAAAGCUACAGAACUUUCUUUGAAGUACCCAAGGAAGCUGAUAAUGGAACAAUGUUGGCAACGUUUAGGGAAGCAGAUGCUUACCUGUGCUCCAACUGUGUACCAGCUUGGCUCGCUGACAAGGCCGGAAACAGUGGAGACCAUUGCAUCGUGAUUGGAGACAACGAACAAGGUUACGACCUGUAUUUGUUCUGCAUCCCCAAACAUUAUGUGAAUGAUUUGGACAAAGUCUUCAUUCCUCACGGGCUUAUCAUGGACAGGACGGAGAGGUUAGCCCGGGAAAUUAUGAAAGGCAUGGGGGGGGGGCACCACAUUGUGGCUCUCUGUGUCCUGAAGGGAGGCUACAAAUUUUUUGCCGAUUUACUGGAUUAUAUUAAAGCCCUGAAUCGGAACAGCGACAAGUCCAUUCUGAUGACCAUGGACUUCAUCUGCCUGAAGAGCUACUGUAAUGACCAGUCAACCGGUGAUAUCAAAGUAAUUGGCGGGGAUGACUUAUCAACCUUGACUGGGAAAAAUGUCUUGAUUGUAGAAGAUAUCAUAGACACUGGGAAGACCAUGCAGAUUCUCCUGUCCCUGCCCCAGCAGCACAUAAUACCAGGGGUAUAUAAAAUUUUGACAAAUAGCACUUCAUGA